CUUCUUCCCAUCAAAAUCGAACAGCCCCGCCGUUGUCAUGUCUUCCAGCGACUCCGCAGCCGCCUCCCCGGCUGCGCCCAGCACCACCUACUCCGGCUCCUGCCACUGCGGCCGGUUCAAGUACAGCGUCACGCAGUCUCCUCCCCUCACGGACCCCAGCUGCGAAGUCAUCGACUGCAACUGCAGCAUCUGCUCGCGCAACGGGUACCUCUUCCUCUACGUCCCAGACAAAAACAUUACCUGGGAGAAAGGCUCGGUCGAUGAGCUCACGAAGUACACCUUCCCACCAAGACACAAGUUCGCGCAUUACUUCUGCCCUACCUGCGGGACCAGCGGCUUUUCGAAGAGCUUGGAUCCGAAUUACUACCCCGAUUAUAUGGCGGUGAACGUCAGGACUUUUGAGGGGGUGGAUUUGAAGGCGCUGACGAUUAAGCCGGUUGAUGGGAAGAGUUAUAAUGGUUGAGGUCAUGGCUCGAGAUAGUUCUUAAUCAGCGUAUCUUAUCAGUUGCCCAGCCGUGUUGAG